CUUCGAAGGAUUAAUAUCGAAGGAUACACAGAGAAAUAAAUUAUCUCUCAAUACAAAGUGUUGUGAAGUUCGUGAUUGUUGAAAUCGUAUUUGAAAAAAAACGUCCUACAGUAAAUAUACGAAUUAAAAAUGGCGUCAAGUGAAGUUUUCCGCUAUUAUUAUACCACCUCGGAUGAUUUGCAAUCUCUCAAAGCCCAAACGGAGCCUUUCUUCAAUCCAAUGGCGGCCUACAAUGGCAAUGUCCAAUUUCAAAACCAAGGAUUUUGUAAUUUCGAACACGCAUCUUCCGAUGGAUGGAAUACACCUUCGCCUGCAAGUUAUCGGUCCCCAAGUCCGGAGUAUGUGGAUUUGAAUACCAUCUACAAUGGACAAGUUAUUGCCGCAUCUACAGCAGCUCAAUCUCACAUGCCUUUGGAUAUCUUGAAUCAUCAGAACCAUCAAAUGUCGAUGCUACCUCAGGAGCUGUCACCAAAUCAAGUAACUGGAUCAUCAAAUAUUGGAACAUGCAAAGUGGCUACCAAAAAACGCGCCUACAACCGAAAGACAACAACCACGACAACCACCACUGCUCCCAUUCCAAAACUUCAAUCGAGUGAGGAAGCAGUUUAUUCCGAUAUGAUACCUGAGGACUUGAACCAUUUCAAUUUUAACGAAUCUGGAAUAUUCGACGACUCAGUUUCGGAUGACGAUAUGAUGAUGUUCCAAGACGAUUUCGGAGCCAGUGCAAGCCAAAGUGACAAUAGUACUUAUGAAAUGGACGGUACCACAACCGAUGGCCAGAAUGGCAAGAAACGACGUGGAAAGCAGGUAUCUCCAGUAGUAAAGAAGAAGCGACGUCUUGCAGCUAACGCCAGAGAACGCAGACGAAUGCAAAACCUCAAUCAAGCAUUCGACAGACUACGCCAAUAUCUUCCUUGUUUGGGAAAUGAUCGUCAGCUAUCAAAACAUGAGACACUUCAAAUGGCACAAACUUAUAUCUCAGCUCUAGGAGACUUAUUGCGAUAAACUAAACAUUUAAACUAUUUUCUUAUGUAUUUUAUUGAAAAUUCUAUAAUUUUUGUUUAUUUAUUUAUAAAAAUGAAAAAUGUGCUCAAAUACGUUGCCCAGUCAAGUACCUUCUAUAUUUAUGAUGUAAAAAAUAUUUUGUUAGUAGUUUUAGAAUGUAAGUUUUGUAUAAGAAUUUAAGAUCUAAGUUUGUUAAUAUUAA